AUGGCGUCUACAGACAUCACCAUCACGGGCUGGACCACCAGAGAUGUCCGUUUCCCGACCUCUCUUGACAAGACCGGCAGUGAUGCUAUGAACGCUGCCGGCGACUACUCCUCAGCCUACUGCAUCCUAUCGACCUCUGACCCAAACUUCACGGGCCAUGGCAUGACCUUCACCAUCGGUCGUGGCAACGACAUCGUCUGCGCCGCCAUCAACCAUGUCGCGGACCGCAUCAAGGGCAGGAAGCUGUCCGACCUCGUCGGCACCAAUUGGGGCAAAACGUGGCGGCAUCUCGUCAACGACAGCCAGCUGCGCUGGAUUGGUCCUGAGAAGGGUGUCAUCCACCUCGCUCUGGGUGCUGUGGUCAACGCCGUGUGGGAUCUCUGGGCCAAGGUCCUGGGUAAGCCCGUCUGGCGGAUCGUGGCAGAGAUGUCGCCCGAGGAGUUUGUGGCGUGUAUCGACUUCAGGUACAUCACUGAUGCGAUCACGCCCGAGGAGGCGAUUGCAUUGCUGAAGGAGAACGAAGGCGGCAAGGCCGCGCGGAUCAAGGACGCAGAGAACUCGAGAGCUGUACCAGCUUAUACCACCUCAGCCGGGUGGCUGGGCUAUGGCGAGGACAAGAUGAAGGCUCUCCUCCGCGAGACGCUGGCCAAGGGCUAUAAGCACUUCAAGCUCAAGGUGGGCGGCAGUGUGGAGCAGGACCGGCACCGGCUGUCCAUCGCGCGCGAGAUCAUCGGCUACGAUAAGGGCAACGUUCUGAUGGUCGACGCCAACCAGGUGUGGUCCGUCCCUGAGGCCAUCUCCUACAUGGAGAAGCUGAAGGAGUUCAAACCGUGGUUCAUCGAGGAGCCCACGUCGCCCGACGACAUCCUGGGCCACAAGGCCGUCCGCGACGCCCUCAAGCCGUACGGCAUCGGCGUCGCCACCGGUGAGAUGUGCCAGAACCGCGUCGUCUUCAAGCAGCUCCUCAUGAGCGGCGCCAUCGAUGUCUGCCAGAUCGACGCGUGCCGCAUGGGCGGUGUCAACGAGGUGCUUGCCGUGCUGCUCAUGGCCAAGAAGUAUGGCGUGCCUAUCGUGCCGCACUCGGGAGGUGUGGGCCUGCCCGAGUACACGCAGCACCUGAGCACCAUUGACUACGUCGUGGUCAGUGGCAAGCUGUCAGUCCUAGAAUACGUCGAUCACCUGCACGAGCACUUCUUGCACCCGAGUGUCAUCAAGGAUGGCUACUACCAGACGCCGGUCGAGCCAGGCUACAGUGUCGAGAUGAAGCCGGACAGCAUGGACAAGUUCACCUUCCCUGGAGAGGAGGGCGUGAGCUGGUGGAAGAGUGAGGAGGCGAAGCCCAUCCUCGAUGGCGAGAAGAUCUAGAGACUUUCCCACCCGCUUGGACACACAGGCGGGGCUUGAUGCAAUGGGAUCAGGGCCGCGCCGAGAAUAGGGGAGUGUGGAGUUGACUCGGAUCUUGAGUUUUGCGAAAAGGAGGUGGUGGUAUUGUUCGUCCACGGGAGGAUCGAUGGCAUCCUGUCACUCACUGUCUUUGGCGCUCUGCCGAGGAUGUAGUCAGACAAGAUUGCUUGUGAUACGCGGUGGAGCUCUAGUGACACGCCCCUGGUGCGUACAUCGACGACGGUAUCCCUCAAAGGGGACCCGUCUACGAGACGCCCGGGAGUUUGUCUGUUUAUCUAUCGAAAACGGGAGGUUCGGUGGCAAGUUCGCCGUUCCGCGAGGCAACGAUGGCAUCUCGUAUAGUCCAAGGCUAUUCCUGAUAGAUUUUUACGAUGAGAACGAGAACAAAUACAGUCUGGUUUACGACGUCC